UGGAGUCCGAGCGGCCGGUUUUCCGAGCGGUCAUCAAGGUGGCACUGCUGAACCACGAGCUGACGGGGAAGCCCAUCACCCUGGAGGGGGUGUUCGUGGGAGGAAGUGCCGGCUCCGCGGAGGGGAAACUAAUGCAGUAUCACCCUCUGUCUCUGUGCAACACAAGCGAGGAUGAACGACAAGAGAGUCCCUUCAUCACCAUUGUCAAAAUGGAGCACAAGGUCCCCCGCUGUCUGCCGAUGCUCGAUAAGGCCCGCAUGGCGUUGGACAAAGGAGCUCAGGCGGUUAUCUUUGAUGUCAGUGAUGACGCCAACGCUGCUGCUGAGCUGCGAGAAAUGGACUCCCUGCCGAGUCCAGUCGUGCUGGUGGAGGCGGAGGUCGCCGAGGAGUUGAUGGGUCUGGUCAACAAGAACGAGGAGGCCAAAGUUCGUAUCGAGAUCAUGGUGGAGCAGCCCAGAUGGCCACAUUAUGAUGUGGGUAUCCUGCUCACCAUCGUCCUCGCUAUUCUGACCAUCGUCCUCAUCUUUGCUUUCCGCUACAAGUGCAAGUCCAACAGGACCUGGGACUCUGUCCAUCAGCAGACCAUGCAGGCCAUCAGUCGACUCGAGACCGCAACCUACAGCUCCCAGGGCUGCUCGAGCUCCCAGCGCCACCGAGCGGCCUGGGGGUCAGCCAGCAGCUCCAACUCCAGCCCCGUCUGUGCCAUCUGCCUGGAGGACUUCCAGGACGGGCAGCAUUUGAGGAUCAUCUCCUGUGCUCAUGAGUUCCACAAAGACUGCGUCGACCCCUGGCUGCUUCAACACCGCACCUGUCCCCUCUGCAUGCACAACAUCAUGGGGACGGAGCGGCAGCCCCAGAGGAACAGACUCCAGCAGAGUCCAGAGCAAAGCCAGGGUUUCCUGCACCCUCAGUCUUACAGCAACCCGCGCAACCACCCCUUCCCCCAGCAUGCCAUCCCCUUCUCGAUGAGGCCCCACUAUCCUCGGGGACCCUCCGGACCUUAUCCCUCGCUCGGCCACUACACUGGCCCUUCCGCCGUGGAUCCCCAAACACUACAUUUCCUCGCCAGCAGGCCGCUUGGCUGUGGGUACCAUCUUCCUGCAGAGGGUCCCGGGAGGCCCCACAGGAUCGGAGGUAACUGCAGGACGUCCACGCACCACUACACCCCCCGCCGGUCCUGCCAAAACUACCGCUCGUCCUGUCCGGCCCAGCGCAGUGCGUCCAGCUCACGGCUGCACCACGCCGCCUCCGUCGCGCCACAGGCCCGCGGGGCGCCGGCCCACGGCAGGCAGGACAACGCCAGCUGCUCCGACGGCAGCUACCACACAGAACGCAGCGGAUACUUGGCCGACGGGCCUGCGAGUGACUCCAGCUCGGGGCCCUGCCACGGCUCCUCCAGCGACUCCGUUCUCAACUGUACCGACGUGUCCCUGCAGGGUGUUUAUGGCAGCUGGUCCACCUUCCGUAGCUCUCUGAGCAGUGACUACGAUCCAUUUGUGUAUUACGGGCCGGGUUCUGGGCACGCCCCCCGCAGGAGCAGCCUGGAGGCAUGCGCCCAGGCUCGGCCCAGGUCUCUGGAUUCCGUGGUGAACAAAGCCGGUUGCCCCGAAGAGCAGCCGCAAACUGUGUUCAGUCACAUCCACUACCACCGCCACAGACACCACCACUAUGAGGAGGGGGAACACAGCCAGGGCCCGAGCAGAGGCUCGGACGAGGAGCAGGGGGCCGCUGCUGCUGCUGCUGCUGCUGCUGCUGCUGCUGCUGCACCUGCUGCUCUUGUCCUAGAAAGAGACUCGCCUGUCUGCCCUCCUAAGCACAGCCCAUGCCAGUGCCCAAAGCCAGACCCCACAGAUCGGCCCAGUCCUGGGACAGAGUGCCAGGACCAUGACCCCAGCAGCCCUACGGUACCUCCUGUAAGGGUGUCCUCAAUCCCUUUACAGCUUCAACCCCACUGCUGCCACCAGGGACACGGACACCCUCCCGCUCCUCUCGGGCGAGUGGGCGGCUGUGUGCUUGAUGGCCCCUCUGUUCGCUUCCACCAGAGCCUCGAUCUGCAGGAUGACCGUAGCAUCCACAUCCACUAUGGUCAGGGUCCGGGCUUCUGCUGCUCGCCUCCUGAUUUGCACCCUGCAAUGCUCCCCGUGCCCCUUAUUCUGGACUCUGGAGGUAUGGAGGACUGGCCUUGCUAUGCCGGGGCCCAUGUUGUGUGGCAAAAGCGGGUGCAGCAGGCCCGCUCAGAGCCUCAGCUCUUGGGGCCUGGGACCUCUAUGGACAGACCACCCUGCAGGUUCCACCACAGCCCUGCUACUGACCACAACACAGACAUUUGUUUGUACUGCCAAACAUUGCACCACAAUCAGGGAUCAGAAGAGGAGUCUGGUGUGUGAGAACUCGUUGCAUCCCCGUUAUCACGCUGCUACACAGGAGCCAGAAUGGACAAGCCUCCCUCAUUGGCUAUCGCGCCUUCCACUUAAUUCCACCAGCAACGCCUUUCGAUCAGUCGAUUCCCAGCUUCCCCCAGGGAUCCACCGGGAUCCACCGGGAUCCACAGCUCACAUGCUGAGAUGCUCCGUCAGCGGAGUUAGAUUGAAAUUUGUAAUAAUGCUGAAAAAGAUUUUUAAACCGAACCCUUCAUGAUGUUGUAUAUGAAAAUAUAUUGAAUGAUUUUAAUGUUUGUGAGUUGCUGGGGAAACGACUCGCCACGUCAGGGGGGGGAGUGUUUCUUCUGUUUCUCAUCAGCUAUAGGAAGAGUAUUCGUCACCGACAUGAUAUCCCAAGUUCCCCUGCUCCUUAGUGACAACAACGAACGAUCCUCGUUUCGUGUGUGUGUCGAGCCCUCAUGAAGUGAGACUCCAUCUCUGCAUCGCUCACUCUGUCGCAGCACAACUUGAUAAUAUUUUAGAGGUACUUACUUUCACUUCGUCUUCCUCCGCUGAGUCCCGUCUCAGCUGAGAGAAGCUCUUCUCUCCAGCCUACCUCAGCUCAGAUUUCUUAACAUGCCUCACACAGGGGGGUCUUUAAAGGUACUGCUGUAGUGAUGUUUUUGUUUGUUUGUUUGUUUUUUUGUUUUUUUGGUCACAGCCAUGUAGCUCCCAAUAACUCAACAGAAAAGGUUUAUGCUCCUGGCAGUCCGACCUGCCCAGAUGGAGAGAAAGGUUUGACGCUCAGCCCCUCGAGCGGCGAGCGUUGGCUGAGGUUGCUGAGCCUUGCGUGGGCCUUGUUUUCAUUAUUUCAACAAUGGCAGCUGUUUUCAACUUGUUUGUUUUACGUGUUUGGAUCAUUUUCUGUCUCGUUUUUUUGCGGUCCGUGAUUAUUAUAUACAUAUUUUUUUUCUUUUAACCUUUCAUAAUGAACCGGUUUGACUGAAUUAUGUCGUCGUCAUUACGAGCUGUUGUCUUGUUCUCAUCAUUUCUCUUGCCAGUGGUUAC